AUGUUGACGGGAUCAAAGACUACAUUCAAAGUAAGGCAAAUGGUCCCAGACAUAAAGGAAAGGAUGCUAAGCCACAGUGGUGUCCAUGCCCGAGGGAGAGAGAUGUUUGGACUCUGCUGCUUACCAGGAGAGUGUGUGCUCCAGAGAGCGGUGCUGGUGAGGAAGAAGCUGUCUGCCAGAGAGGGGGGAGGCUGGCUGUCUGGCACUCUGUUUUGCACCCAUUUCCGAGUAGCCUUCGUGCCUCAGGACAGCCCGAAACCCGACGACAAUGCAGAUCCUGUUUUGCUUGGUGACCAUGAUGUGGCUCUGGCCUCCAUUGAGAAGGUUGUAGCCGUGGGGCCGUCCCGGACCAAACUGGUGACUCCUAACUCAUCUUUGAAGUUCACUCCUGAGGAGCUGGUCCUGUACUGUCGAGACCUCCGUGUCCUCUGCUUCCUGUUUGACCGAUUGACUCCGGAUACUCAGGCCAUAGAGAUUACUUAUACUAUCGCAAAGACCUACCAGCCCCUGAAACCUGGGACGCUUUUCUCCUUCCAGAAUGCUGCUCUGGGAAGCAUUGAGAUGAAGCAGUUUCUGAGCAACCGCAGACGUGACCCUAAUAUGAACUGGUUUGAGUGUCCGGCAGACUGGGAACAGGAGCUGGAGAGGACAGGGGCGACGGGAUGGAGGGUCAGCUCUGUCAACGACCGCUUUGAGAUGUCCACCAGUCUUUCCAGGUUUAAUGUGGUUCCUCAAAAAGUUCUGGACACAGAGCUGAAGAAAACAUUCGCUCACUUCAACGAAGGACGCAUUCCUCGAUGGUGCUGGCGUCAUCCCCGUGGCAGUGACCUGUUACGAAUGGCCAGCUUUCAGAACAACAUCUACCACGAGAAGGAUGACAUCAGGAAUCUGGAGCUGGUGCUGUUUGGAGGACAGCAGGUAUGUGUGGUGGUGGAUCUGGGUGAAGAAAUGCCCUCACCCGCCGACAUCCAGUUGGCACACACACGACUGCGAGCCCUGUGUCUGGGGGAUAUUUCGGCAUCUGUGACUGUUCCAGACGAUAAAUGGCUGUCGACUCUUGAGGGCACUCAUUGGCUGGACUAUACCAGGUGCUGCCUGAGAAAAGCCGCUGAAGUGGCAUGCUUGCUUAGAGGAGGUCACCUUACUGUAGCACUCCAAGAGCCUGAAGACCGUGAUAUGAACUGCGUGGUAUCCAGUCUGGUCCAGGUGAUGUGCGAUCCACACAGUAGGACUGUGGCAGGAUUCCAGAGCUUGGUCCAGAAGGAAUGGGUGAUGGCGGGUCAUCGUUUCCUGAGCCGAAUCAACUACCACCGCGACAGCGACAAAGAGGAGGCUCCUGUAUUUCUGCUCUUCUUGGACUGUGUGUGGCAGUUGUGGGAUCAGUACCCUGGUCGAUUCCAGCUUACUGGAGACUAUCUCCUGGCCCUGCAUGACAGCGUCCACAUUCCCCUCUUCAGCAGCUUCCUGGCCAACUGCCAGAGAGAGAGGUGUAGGCGAUCACAGCACCUUCCUCAAAGUUACACCCCGAUUAAUGGCUUGAGAGAGAUGCUGCCCAGAGGGGCCUCUGAUGAUCCGACGGACCCUCCUUUUCCUCCGGUGUGGGACUGGGCUCUGCAGUACAGCAGCCAGAGACAAGCCCGGUUCACACAGCCUGUGAGCCAGCCCAUCUGCUCACAACCACUCCUCAAUGGAAACCUCAACACAAACCUAGACCCCAACCAGUAUGGUGAUGGUGUCCCAGGAUCAGUAUUUCUGCUGUCUCGCGGCACCUUCUCAUCCCCCUCCAACCUGCUGCCGUGGCGGAGCGCGGGAAGUUCGGCAUCCUACAGAAAGAGCCACCGCAGGGCUCCCUCCUCCGAGAGCCUGCCGGGGCUAGAGAGACUUAUCAAAGCCUGCUCCCUCACAGAGCCCCCCCAAAACACCAACACCGCUUUCCACGACCCCCACGAGCCCCUGCUGCCUCUGCUCCUAGGACCCUGUGUCAGGGUGUGGAAGGACUGUUAUUUGAGAGGAGCCUUACAUGCUCAGGCCUUUUCCCAUCCAAUGUCUUCCAUCACUCAGCACCCAGUGGAACAGCUGGCCUGUGAGGUGCAGCAGCUCAGAGAGAAACUAGCACAGGUGUCCAUCGUGCGGCCUGCUAACGCAGCCAAGAGACAAGAAUCGCACAGGCCCGAGGCAAACCUCAACCAGAAUGCCAACAACGAAACCUUUCUCUUCGCGUCCUCCAGAGCAGCCCAGCAACACCACGCCUCCAACAGGGCCACAGCCCACCCCUCUGCCCUCACUAAGACGCCACACCCCACCCCAGCAACGUCCAGAUCCAGCAACAGGGACAACAACAAACACACGUUUCUCUUCGGCCACCAGUCAGAGGGCCGGCACGUUCCCACGCGCAAUGCCAAGCUGCCCAAGAACAACUAG